AUUCUAAGGUCAAGGAAAACAACAGCUCAAGACUGGUGAUGAAAGACAGUAACUAAUGUGUUUUCAAAUUCAAAGCCUGGCAGAAAAGGCUCUUUCAUCCACUGAUUUUAAAUUCCAGCCAGCUGUUUUUCUGGGUAAUAGAAUCAGUGGUGAGGAAAGGAUUUACCAACUUGAUGGAAUUUACCAACAUGUCAUAUCUGAACCCAAAGACAGUGAUUCUGAUUGGGAUCCCUGGACUACAGCAUGUGCAGUUUUGGAUUGGAUUUCCCUUUCUUGGUGUAUGCCUGGUGGCUCUGCUGGGAAACAUUUUCUUGUUAAUCAUCAUCCCUACAGAACGCAGUCUUCACCAACCUAUGUACAUCUUCCUGGCAGUGCUGGCAGCCACUGACCUAGGUCUCUGUGCAGCCAUUGCUCCAAAGAUGUUGGCCAUCUUCUGGUUUGGCUCUUGUUCCAUGGCUUUUGAUGCCUGCCUCACCCAGCUCUUCUUCAUUCAUGCCUUGCAGGGUAUGGAAUCUGGCAUUCUGUUGGCCAUGGCCUUUGAUCGCUAUGUUGCCAUCUGUGAUCCUUUGAGGUACACAUCCAUCCUCACACCUUUCUUUUUAGUUCUGACAAUUCUGAUGCUGGCAAUCCGGACAACAGUGCUUGUUGGGAUUUUGCCCAUUCUACUUAAACGACUACAACUUUUCCAGUCUGUGGCUAUUGGUCAUUCCUACUGUGAGCAUAUGGCUGUGGUCAAGCUGGCUGCAGAAGAUGUCCAUAUCAACAAGUCAUAUGGGCUCUUUGUAGCUUUUGCAAUUCUAGGUUUUGACAUGAUCUUUGUCUUGAUCUCCUACAUUCUAAUUUUUCAGGCUGUUUUUCAUCUUUCCCAGAAGGAGGCACGACAUAAAGCAUUCAGCACCUGUGCUGCCCAUAUUGUUGUCUUCCUGGAGUUUUAUAUCCUUGCCUUUUUUUCCUUCUUCAGCCACCGCUUUGGACAUGUGUCACCCCAUGCCCAUAUCCUAUCAUCUACCAUCUAUCUUCUUGUGCCUCCUGCACUUAACCCCAUUGUCUAUGGUGUGAAGACCAAAGAGAUCCGCAGGAGAGUCAAACAGAUUUGUAUCCUAAAGCCUGACACACAGAAGUGAUCCGAAAAUACUGUAGUAUGACAUAGGAAAUGUAUGUAUUUAUCUGUUUAAGAUGGAAACUCCAUCUUGUACCAUGUCUAUCCUGGUGAAGUUUUUAUAUUAUAAUGAUCUUCCCUAAAUAAUCCAUAUUCCUGAAACAAGAACACUCAGAAUAUGAGAUAAAUUUUAGUGAAAAUAUUUAUGUAUAUCAUAAAUUCCUAUUAUCUUCCAUCUCUCCCUUUCUUCUUUUAUCUUUUCUUAUAAUCUUGGUAUGAUAAUAAAUAAUAUAGUUUUGUAUCUACCAUAAUUGGUGCUAAAAAAAAGUACCCUUCUUUCUUCAUGUGGUGGAAAACUUUGUGAAUCAUCUACAAACUAAACAUAUUUGUACUUUUUUCUUGAAUUGAAAGUGACCAAGUUUACUUAAAAAAUCUUAUAAUUUUUACCAUUAUGAAAACAGAAUGUGAAGGCUUUGGUGACUGGCUCCUCAAUUAUGAGAAGAAUGUGCUGGACAAACUACAUUUUUGUGGCCACCAAAUUUUAUAUAUUUCAAGAGUUGAUUAUAAAAUGGUGAAAUUCACUAUUGCUAAGAAGUAUAGGGAAACGCACUGCUCCUGAAGUAAAAAUGUGUUUGUGUGAAUAAAAAUCUCUCUAUCAAUGAAGAUCUUGAAAUAGUGAGUGAAUGAUCCUGUAUAAGGUGGCAUUCUUCAUAUGGCAGGUGGGGUUUCAAGAAUAUUAUAGCAGU